GCCGUUGCUAUUAGUUACCUUCAACCCAAACCGUUCUUUGCCAGUUCUUAGGUAACUCGAAUACCAGACAGACGUGCGGAAAGAGGAAGUCGCUCAAGGCCGUCAGAACCAAACCCUUUUCUUGUCAGCUGCAACAAAUUUAAUUUUUGCAGGGAUUAAGAAUCAGUGAAAUUUCUAAGUUUUCAGUGAAAAUUUUCUUACAACUCCUAAAUUAAUAACACCACUGAAAAAUUUUUUGAAAAUGUCGUCUGAAAAGCCAGAACUACCCUACGGGUAUUUGGGUGCACAGGAAAAGUUCGCCGAAUUCGGUUUGGCCACUCAAAAUUAUACCGAGCCCGAGAUCACUGCCCAGGACAAUCAGCUGGAAGUUAAAUUGAAGGCUUCGAAACCAGUAAAAGUUACGUGCAAUUUGAUUGCCUGCAAAGAUGACAAGGAAACACCGGAAAACGUUUUUACCCACACUCAGGAUAAAGUAAUUACUCUGGUUGUUCACUUCCCGGCAUCUGGUUACUACAAACUGCAAAUCUAUGCCUUACUUCUCUCCGACGAAAGCAAAACCUUGCCCGGUGUCUUCAACUAUCUUAUUCAUGUGAAACGGGCCUUGAAUGCUGUCUACCCUUUCCCCAAGCAAUAUGCCCAGUGGAAAGAUGGAUGUUACCUGUACGAACCGUUGGUCUUGCAUUCGGGAAGCAGCUUGGCAAAAGUGAACUUCAAAUGCAGUAUUCCUAAAGCUAAUGCCGUAGCAGUUGUAGCCGAAGGAGAGUGGACGCACCUUACCAAAGAUGCCAACGAUAACUGGGAAGGAAAAGUUGCACUCGUCCAAUUUAGAGGAAAAGGAAUAAAAGUUACUCUAAACGCCAACUUCGGAGCCGACGAAACGAAAUAUUCCACUCUUUUGGAAUACAAUAUCUAAAUGACGGAACGAACGUUUUAAAUUUUUUUUUUCAUCCAACUCUGGCUACUUGAUUACAGUUUCAACUAAUUAUAAGUUAAAAUUAAUUCUAAUUCAAUUCUAAUUAUAUGCAUAGUUUAAUUUGUCUCAUUAAGCUAAUUUUUUUAUGCUUCAUAGCUUCCUAUUUUCAAAACUUAAUUUAGUCUUUUACAUCAUCUAUCAAAUUGACUCUAUCUAUCUAUCUAUCUAUCUAUCUACCUAUCUAUCUAUCAGUCUGUCUGUCUUCCUUCCUUUCUUUCGUUCUUUCUUUCUGUGUACAUCCACAUAUAUCGUAUAAGCAUAAUGUGACACCUUUAUAAAUGCAUGUGUGUGUGUGCGUGCGCGUACCUGCGUGUUUGCUUGUGUGUGUGCGUGUGCUUCUGUGUGUGCAUGCGUGCAUGUCUGUGUGUGUGCGUGGAACAUAUAUGCCUGUGUCUAUAUACAGGCAUAUAAUUUUAUAAGUUCAAAACCACGGAACAGAUAUAUAAGCUACAAACAGACACAUAAACAAACAAACGAAAACAAAAAAAGCAGAAAAACACCCUCCCCUCAGCAUAAUGCAAACCUUUAAACCCCUUCCUCCAUUCCCCACUGCCUUCUUUAUUUAUUUAUUUAUGUACAAAAUGCUAUUUCGGAAAAGUAAUCACUAACAGGGCUAUCUAUGGAAGACAGUUCGGACAAUAAAUAUAUUUCUUUCAGAGAAUUUUAUCUUCUGAAA